CCAAAAGCCACCUUCCGUUUGUUUGAGAGAGUUUCACAGUUUGAUUGAAACAUGACGAACAUGACAUCCGUCGUGGCAGCAGGAGCGGGAGCAAGACCAUCCCAAUUGCAUCUUCCUACUGCAAAACCUCAAAUUCCGAUCACUCACGCCUUCAAACUCAGUGCCGUUAAAUCAGCGCCUGUCAAUUUCAGGUUCAAGACGAGUGUUUUGAGAUUGCAAAUAAGGGAAAGAUGGCAUGCUGUGUCUGCAUCAAAAAACGCAAACCCUCCUUUGUAUGACUAUGGAGAUUCGAUCAAAGAUAAAUCGGGCACGGUUGAAAAGGAUGAUGCUGCCCAAGGCGCUUCUCUGCUAACCAUUUUGGAUGGACUUCUAAGGCUUAUCGUGUUUUUUGUCGUGUUUGUUUUUGCAUCAGUUCUAUCUUGGUGCAUUGGUUUUUUUUGUCACUAUGCAUUUUAUAGCUUUGGCAUUGUCCUCGGGUCCUCCUAAAUAAAUAUUCUAUUUCAUAAGUUUAAUAGAGAAGGCUGCAGAGACAUUAUGAUCUUUCAUAUGAUUGGAAUUUGGAAUUGUAUUGA